CCAAAGAAGAAAAAGCCGAAAACAACACCAAAAGAGAAAGUAGCAAAUGUUCAACAGCUAAAGGUGCAAAACGCCCAGGUCCUUCAGACCAUAAAUGAUGCACAAGCUUUAAUUUAUGAUUCAUUAGUUAAACCAUAUUCAGCCCGACUUUUAAAUGAAGAUCAACUUUUGGAAUUCAUCCUUCAACAUAAACUCGAAGCGGGAAAGUAUAUCAAACCUUUAUAUACAACAUAUUUAAAACAAAUGAAUAAAAUACAUUCAGAAUUAAUGAAAGGAAAAUCAACAACUAAAACUUCAUCAUCCAAAAUCAAAGCAGAUAAAAUUAAACCACUUGCAACACCAAAACCUCCAACGGUAGUACCUCCUCCUUCAGUUAAUCCUUCAUCAUUCACUUUAUUAUAUCCAUUUCAAACAUUAAAGAAGCAAAAAGAUUUUAAAAAGGAUUUCAAAAUAUUAAAUAAACCAACUGACCCAAAAAUUCAACCGUUAAAGGAAAAAUUUAAUCGCCCUUCAUUUGCACCAUAUCCAUAUUCAUACGAAAUCGAUCAUUUAGAAUAUUCAAAAGGAAACGUUACUUAUUUAUUUGCCAUUAACAUUAACACCAGAUAUUUAUAUUGCAUUCCGGUGAAAGGGAAAACAGAACAGGAAACAAGAAGAGCUAUACAAUACUUACUAGAUCAUGAAAGAGUAGAUAAUAUAAGGGGUGAUGGUGAUAAAGGAUUUCAGGCAGCUAUGGCUCAUUAUUUCCCACAAAUUAAUUUUUACUUUUCAUCCUCUCCAUAUACGUUUCAUAAUAAAAUAGUUGAUGCGGUAAUGAGAACUCUUAGAGAUGCGUUAGGGGUUAACGGUCAGAUAUACUGGGAUGGAAAUCAUGACUCCAUCAUACAACAGUUAGUAUAUUAUUACAAUAAUACAUGGCAUAGAACUAUAAACAUGAAACCAAUGGAAAUGAAAAAUGAUAUUUCAAAAGAAUGGGAAUAUAUUAGAAAGCAAAUGGAAAGGUUA